UUCUUUUCUGGUGGGCGUUUUCCUUUUUCUCCACGUCAUGGCCAUGGCACGAAGCCCGCUAUUUGAGCCAUUGAUGCUGGGCAGCGGCGUGGUUUCGUUGCAACACCGUGUGGUGCUUGCUCCAUUGACUCGGCUGAGAGCUUCUGAAGUUGAAAUGGCGCCGCAAGCGAUGUGUGCGGAGUUCUACGAACAACGUGCCUCCAAAGGGGGCCUGUUGAUAUCGGAAGCCACCAACAUCAGCACAGAGUCCUGUGCAUAUCACCGGGCCCCCGGUAUAUGGACAGAUGCGCAAGUCCUUGCCUGGCGACAAGUCACAGAAAAAGUGCACAGCAAAGGAGGACACAUUUUUUGCCAGUUGUGGCACACCGGUCGUGUUGGGCACCCUAGUCCCCAACUCAGUUUUGUGGAUUGUGUUCUCACCACGGUUGCGUGCACACGAGGCUGGCAGCAGCAUCCGCUGCUCAAAGCAUCAGUUGGUGCCCCUAUGCCAUCAGUCAGCGCAUCAGCAAUAGCUAUCCGGGGCAAAACCUGGAACGUGUACCCAGAGGGCCGCAAAGACCUAAAUGCCACCCCACGAGCGCUUGAGACCUGUGAACUUGAAAGGGUGGUGUCAGAUUACAGGCAUGCUGCCCGAAAUGCGAUGAGAGCUGGUUUUGAUGGUGUGGAAGUCCAUGGCGCGCAUGGCUACUUACUGGACCAGUUUCUUCGAACUGGGACCAACAAGAGGACUGACGGCUAUGGUGGAACUCCUGAAAACCGAUGCAGACUUCUUUUGGAGGUUGUUGCGGCUGUUUCAGAGGAGGUGGGUCCUGGACGCGUGGCCGUGCGUUUGUCUCCGACGCAACCGGGCGCUUUUGAUUUCUUCGGAGCCAGCGAUGAGAAUCAGAUGGAUGCGGAUGGCUGCAAUGUAACGUAUCGCUACGCCAUCGAGCGACUAAAUGGUCUACCCCUCGCCUAUUUGUUGUUGACGGAGCCGCGAUGGUCUGGGGGCCGCCAUGAUGAUGAUGCGGAAAAGGACCCGGGUUUCAAUAUGCCGGUGACAAACUCCAUGACGUACAGGAAGAUCUACAAGGGUGUUUUGAUGGCUGCAGGUGGCUUUCUUCCUUCUACAGCCUCCGAGCAUGUGGGCAACUGUUUUGAUUUGGUAGCGUUUGGCCGAUGGUUCUUAGCGAACCCAGAUUUGCCGCUGCGCAUCCAGGUUGGAGCUCCUUUGAAUCAUUAUAGCCGAGAGCGCUUCUACACCCACGAGGAGGAUGGAUAUGUGGACUAUCCUGACAUGACCGGUUCCUUUGGCAAAGCUGGCAAGUACUCCUUGAUUGAUGUAUCGCUUUUGAAGACAAAGCCGAAGGCAAGGCUUUGAGGCCAUAGGAUGUUUAGAGCUUGCCCAACGUGUGGCCGAAGUCAAAA